UUCAAAUUUAUAUAUAAUAUGCAUCAAUUAUAAUUUAUAUUAUUAUAUUUUAUAAUAAUAAUAAUAAUAAUAAUAUUUAUUAUCAAAUAUUCUCUUUAAACAUGAAUUAGUGAUUUUUCACUAAUUUCAAGUGCAUAUUCACUUUUUGUCAAUGCUACAAUCGUACCACGCACAAUUAGUGAAUAUUCACUGAUUUUAUAAGUGAAUACGGGAAUCCACUGAUUUGAUCGGUGAAAAAAAAGUAAGUAACUACGUAUGAUUAAGUAUGAUAAGACAUGACCAAACAUGAUCAGGGUGUUUGACAAUUUCACUACUAUAUUAGUGAAAAUCAUUAAUUUGCUGAUGAAAAUUAUAGUACUAAAUUUAUUAGUGAGAAUUCACUAAUUUUUUGUUUAAAUACACUGAUUAUAAAGUGAAUAUAACUUCACUAACGUACGUAAUUAAUGAAAUUUUCACUGAUUCAUGUUAAGAGAGUUUCAAUAUGUUUUAUUCUACUUUAUGAUUAUAUAUUCAAAUAAAAUAAAAUAAUAUUAUACUGUUCUGUUAUUUAUAUGGAAGGAAAAUUUAUUAGAAUAAAUUAGGAAAAACCGAUGUAUAAUCAGCGGGAAUAGGAGCAAGAGCAGCAGGAGCAGGAGAAGCAGCAGCAGUACCAAAAGAGAGUAUCAGUGGUUUUCAGUGGUUUUCAGUGGUUUUCAGUAGUAAAGCAAUGCUUCAUUCGUACUUUAUCCAUCCCGUGCAUGUCCGGUAUAAUAAAAAGAGGAAUGAAAAGAAAAAGAAGCACAGGUAAAAGUACGUUCGAGACGUUGGAAUAACUAUAGAGCCCAUAGUGUCUAAGAGUUUUGCCUCAGUUUUAUUUUCUCAAGAACAAGCGGUUGUUUCUCCCGUUUCUCUCACUAGUACAUACACAGUGGUAUUGAAAAUAAAUAUAUAUUCUAAGCUAAGAGGUAAGAUCAGGUAAGAUGCCCAAAGUGCCCGUGCUCACAAAUCCCACAAGUGCCGUUUACUAAACUCAUCGAGAGUUAACAUUCUUUCGUUCAGCAAUACACUAUUUUGUCAUUAAAUUUAAAAAAUUAUUUAAUUCGAUAUGUAAGGAAUAAAUUUUACGGAAUUUGUUGAUUGUUUUAAAUGAUUCUCGUUUUUAAUUUAUUCUAAAGAACAUAAAAAGUAUUAUUACAAAUAUGAUAUAUAAUUUUCAUCUUAAAAGUGAACAAAAAUAUUAAACAAUAAGUGUCGUGAUUUUGUGAGUGAAAGAAAAAAGCAGGUCAUCACCAUCACAUCAUCAUUGUCACAACCGGAUACAUUAAAUAGAACAAAAUUUUUAACUUGAUCAAAAAAUUUUAUUUUAUUAUUAAUAUUACAUAUUUUAUUUAUCAGAUUAUCAUAUUUUUUUCCAUUAAUGUUUUCAAGUGCAUUUACUUUGACUGUUCUAUAAAAAAAAAAAGUAUUUAUUUAUUUCGCAUAUCGCAAGUAAUGUACUAGGAUGUGCAUCAAAAAAAUAUGUCUGUUGUUUACAAUUUUUACGGUGACAACAGUAUUAUGUACUCAGGAUCAAGAGAUGGAUGAGUUUCAUCAACGAUAUAUUCAAAUGAUGAAUAAAACUACAAAUUAUUUUAAUGAGGAAAUACCUGGAGUUAUAUCACUUGACAUGAAAUCUUUGGAUACAACCGAUGUUGUUACGGUUAAUAAUCUCACACCAAGAACAACAACGUUGCCAGAAAUGACAAUAGGUUCAAAAUUUAAAAAAAAAAUAUCGCAACUAAAACAAAUAAAUGAUGAUAAAAAAAGUAUUGAUUUGAUUAAUAGCAGUGCUAAUACAUCUACAAGACUUACGAAUGAAACAAAGUUUUUAAAAAUUUCAAAUAUGUAUACACAUGAUAACAAAAACAAUAAUAAUAACAAGCCGAUUACAAUGACAACAAUUAUAACAACAGUAAAUAAUAUAAAUGAUGAUGAUGAUAAUAAUAAAACUCCACCAUCAAUUGCUAAUUUAAAUAGCACAGAAAAAGUAUUAAAUCCAUCAACUAUAAAAACAUUUGAAACUAAUUUUUCACGCGCUCGUGCACUUGAUAUACCGGCAUCUCCGUCAGAUCCAACUAAUUCAUUAAAUGCUAAUUUGACGGAUCUCAGCGAUGUGAGCAUGGAUGAGGAAGAUAAACAAGUUGAAGGUGGAGAGUACAUUGCUACACAUCAUAAUGAAAGUCAUAUUAAAAUUUUACCUAUAAUAUUUACAAGUGAACCAAAAUGUAUAGAACCAAAUAAUAAAACAUAUCUAGUUGGAGAAACAAUUGUCAGGGGUUGUACAGAAAAAUGUAUUUGCGGUUAUAAUGGUACCGCUGAAAAUUGUCAGCCAAUUUGUAAAAGUCCAUUAGUUAGGGCCAUUGGUAAAAGUCAAGAUCCUUUUUGUCACAAACGGCAAAUUGAUAAUAAUGAAUGUUGUGCAAUUUUAAUUUGUUCUUCUGUUAAUUAUGAUUUUAAAUCACCAGAAUCAGCAGAAACAUGUAAUUUUAUUGGUAAUGAUAACAAAAAUAAAACUAUCACAAUAGGAGAGCAUAUAGAAGAUGGUUGUUCAAGAAUAUGUACUUGUCAAGUUGGUGGUAUACUAAAUUGUAAACCUAGAUGUCCACUAGUUGCUGAUAAUAAUAAUUAUAAUUAUAAUAAUAAUAAUAAUAAUAAUAAUAAUAAUAAUAAUAAUAAUAAUAAUAAUAAUAAUAAUAAUAAUAAUAAUAAUAAUAAUGAUAAUGAUGAAAAAAGUCAUAAAGCUAAUUUAAAAAUGAAUAAUUACGAUCGAUGUGUUAAACUUAAAGAUCCUCGAGAUCAAUGCUGUACCAUAACUUACUGUGAUGUAAGCAUUGGUGAACAUGACGAUUUAACAUCAGCAAUAGAUGAUGAUAAAGUAACAACAACAACAAAAACAAUAAAUAAUUUUAAUGAUGGCAUUCUUAAUGAUACUAAGUUAAUUAACGACCAAGUUAAAGUUUUGAAUUCAACAGCGAUACAAAUUUUAUUAUCACAAGGACUUUUAAAUAACAAUAAAACAAUAAUUGAAAUUUCGAAAAAUAAUCACACCUGGAAACAACAAACUUUCAAUAAAGAAGGUAUAAUAUCAAAUCUAGAACCUUCAUCUAUUUACUAUAUUCGAAUCAAAACAGAUGGAAAAAUUAAUAACAGUAAUGAUAAUAAAACAAUAUCAACAGUUGGUGGUAUUGUUGCAUUGCCAGCAACAGAAAUUAAAAUAAAUAAAAAUAAGAGCAACAAUGGAACAACAAUGAAAAUGAAUAAUGAUGAUACGUGUAGUUAUAGGGGUAAUUUAUACAAAAUUGGUACAGAAUGGUACGACGAAUGUAUAUAUUUUUGUGUUUGUGAAAAGGGUGCUAAAACUGAAUGCGUCACUAUCGAAUGUCCCACUGAUUUUGGGCUUGAUGUUCUUGAUCCAAAUUGUAUAGAUUGGGAAACUGUUCCACUUAAUUUUGUUCCUAAAGCUCCUCAAUGUUGUCCUGAAGAAGUAAGAUGUCGUAAUAAUGGAUCUUGUAUUUAUCAAGGUAUAACGUAUGAUAAUUGGAGUGAAAUCCCGAAUAAUAUUACUGGAUGUGAUAAAAGAUGUUAUUGUGAAAUGGGAAAAGUAUCCUGUCAGCCAGUAUGCCCUCCAAUUCCAGCUCUACCACCUGACACUUUAUCGUGUGUCUCAAAUCAGGCGAUACUUACUAAAUUACCUGAUGAUGAAUGUUGUUUACACUGGACAUGUGGCAAUGAAAACAACAACAACAACAACUACCAUACUUCUAUAUCAGAUGAUACCAUGUCUUCGGCGGGUCCCUUAACAUUGACUGAUAUUGUCUCGAAUGAUAUGAAAAAAAAUCGGCAAUCCUCUGUAAUUGCUAAUGACAAUAAUGGAAAAAAAAAACUAAAUAAUAAAACUACAAUAUCAAUAUCUAAAUUAACUUUAGCUAAAGAAAUAGAAAAUAGUAAAGAUAAUGAUGAUUAUGGUGCUGGUAUCGAUGUUAAGUUAUUACAUAAAAAUUAUACAAAAUUAUCAUCAACUUAUUCUCAACAUCAUGCUCCCAACAAUUCUGAUACUACUAAUUAUUUUACAUCUAAUGAGUAUUCUAUUGCAAGACCAACAGAAAUAAAAAAACCUACUUACAAUGGUCCUUAUAAUCCCGAUUAUAAAUUACCUGAAUUAGGCAACUUCGAUAAUAAUCUUCAAUUGAAUAACAAUAAUGAUAAUAAUAUUAACAAAAACAACCAUGAUCAAUCUGAAAUAAUGAUAUCACCGUUAAUUAUAAAAGAUAAAUUUUUAAAAUCUAAAUUAGGUGAAAUAAAAAAAAAAAAUGAAUCAGCUAAUCAGGCUUAUUACCAUAAUAAAACUAAAAAAGAAGAAGAACAAGAACAAAAACAACAACAACAACAACAACAACAAGUGAUGUCAUCUCAAUCAUUUCCUGGUCCUUUGGCACCUGAUAGAUUUCCAACAUUACCAUCAUUAUUACCAACAAUAAUUGUGACAAGUAAUAAUAAUGUUACACCUACUCAAUCAUCAAAAGAUAAUGCAACUAUCGAUAUAAAUCCUAUGGUAAUAGUUAAUAAUUUUGAUAAUAAAUCUGAACAACAAUUUUAUCCAUAUAAUAGAGAAAAAAUUUCAUCAAGUAAAUUAAAUAAAUAUCAAUUUUCUGAUUUUAAUAAUACUAAUGGUAUAAAAAAACAAGUUUUACCAGUAAUUAUGUCCAAUAAUUCUUCAUCAUUAUUAUUUAAAAAUAAAUUAGAGUCAUCUACAAAACCAGCAAUAGCAGCAACAUCACCAAUAGUACCAAAAAAUACUGAAAAAAAUAAACCUUUAAAUUUUAAAGAGCAAGAAAUUAUCCAAAAAGACUUAUUUCACUUGAUAAAUCUUCAUCAUCCAGAGUUAACUCAGCAUCCAGGUUUAUAUGAAUUACAUCCACAAACAACUUUAUCUGUUAAUCAUCAGAAUCAAGAAUCAUCAUUAAUACCAAACAAUUAUCACAUUAAAAUAUCACCAAAUAUACAAAAUUUUGGAUUAUCAUCACCAUCAUUAAUUUCUGAACAAGGAACACAUAAAAAUAAAUUUACAGAACCGCACAUAAAAGCUCAAAAAAAUGAUAAUGGUGAAAUAACAAGCUAUCAUGUCCAUACUCCACAAAUUCCAAACUCACCUCAACAAAUUCAAGAAUUACUUGCUCAUAUUACCCAACAUGACCCUAACGUUAAUUUUUUUCAUCAUUAUCCACCUCCAUUAUCAUCAUCUUCAUCAAUUAAUUUUAAUAACUCCCCAAAUUCUCAUGUCUUGUCAAAAUUUGAGUUAUCACCAAUCCACAAAGGUGACUCUAACGUUGAAAAUUCAAAGGCAUCACCGCUGCCAUCAUCAUCGUCGUCGUCGUCAUCAUCAUCAUCAUCAUCAUCAUCAUCAUCAUCUCUAUCGACAUAUUUAAAUCAUCAAUUUAUUGGCACUCAGGCUCCUAUUCAUUCAGGUAUGCCAGCACCAUCAUCAGGACAUAUUUAUCCAUCUCUUGGUUUUCCAAUACACAGUGAUGUAACUGCAGCUACUGAAUAUCUUGGUCAAGUUUCUGAGCAAUCAUCAUUAAAUCAUAAUAAUGAUAAUAAUAAUGAUGAUGAUGAAAUUAUUAUUAAAUCUUUAGAUGCAAUUGAUGAUUCAACAAUAAGAAUACUUUUUACAGUGCCAGCUGUAUUAGUUGGACUUUAUGGACGUGUUGAGCUACGUUAUACAAAAGAAAAAAUAAAUUUAGAUCCUUCGAAAUGGAAAUCACAAAUUUUCAUACCUCCAAACGACUUGAUAGCAACACCUCAAUUAGAAUUUGAGCUUGAUGGUCUAGAACCUUCAACUGAAUAUAAAUUAAAAGUAACAGUAAAUCUUGGAAAUGAUCAAGUUUUUAAAAAUAAUCCAACUAGUAAAAUUUAUAGUAUUAAAACACUUGAACGUUAUAAGGAUAGACAGCAAACAUUGACAACAACAACAACAACAACAACAACAACAGAGAUGUCGUUACCUCCUCAAAUUUUUAUUGAUGCUGAUCUUAAAGUUACAGAAAAAAAUUUCAGCUGGAUUAAAGUUGAAUGGAAAAAAUUUACAGAAUACGAAAUUCAAUUCAUUGAUGGUAUACAAUUAAGAUACAAAGAGUACGAUAGCAAAGUUUAUACAACAACGCCACUUAUUCAUCGAGCUGUUACAAGUUGGGUGAUUGAAGAUUUAAAACCAGCUACAACAUAUCAAAUUGGAAUUUCAAUUAUUCCUUUUCCAGGUCAAACUACUGAACUCUAUAGCGAAAAAACGAUUCAAAUAACCACAGCAAUUGAGCUAGAUCCUUACUCUUUUGAUGUAAAAGUUGAAAUUAAAAUGGUUAAAUCACAAGAAGUUGAAUUAUCUUGGAGUGGAGUACCUUAUCCAGAAGAUAAAUACGUUAAUAUAUACCGCGCAAUUUAUCAAAGCGACAGUGGAAAAGGGGAUACAAGUACUUUUAAAAUAGCUAAAAGAGAUUCUCCCGCAAAAACAAUAAUAAGUGAUCUGAAACCUGGAACAAGAUAUCGUCUAUGGCUUGAAAUUUAUUUAACUAAUGGAAAAAUAAAAAAAAGCAAUGUACAGGACUUUAUUACUAAACCGGGUGUUGAUUUGUUGCAUACCGCUAGCAGUGAUAAUAUUUAUCAUCAACCGGAUAAAUUUAAUAUUGCUGCUACAGCCGCUGCUGCAUCAAUUCCAUCAUUGCAACAAGAAGGCAACAACAACAACAACAACAGUAAUAAUAAUAAUAAUAAUUAUUAUUAUGGACCUCUAGUCAUUGUUGCCAUCGUUGCUUCUCUUGCUAUUCUGUCAACCUUAAUUUUACUUAUGAUGCUUAUGAAAAGAAGAUCAAGCAAUAGAGCAGACAUAUCCUCAUCUCGAAAAACUACAACAUCUGCAGCGUACGAUAAUCCUUCCUAUAAAGUAGAAAUACAACAAGAAACCAUGGAUCUUUGAAAGUUAUUAUUCUAUAACAACAACAACAAUAUCAACAAUAAUAAUAAUAGUACUGCCAUCUACGUAGCAGGUAACAGAAAAUAAUACUAAUUUAUUUAUUUAAUUUUCUUGUUUUUGAUAAAAUUAAUUUUAUUAAUAAUAAAUUUCAACAGAGGUACUGAAAUUUAAUUUUUAGUUAAAUUUUCGAAAACGACAUUAGUAAAUACUUAUAACAAUAAUUUUGAAAAUAAUAUAUGAAAGAUUGAGUUGUAAUUAACUAUUUUUAAUUAAAUAGAUUAAUUAUAAUGGAUGUUUAUAUUAUGUUUAAGUUUAUACUGUGUAAGAUAUAAGAUAUUUUAUAAUUAUUUUAUAAGUUGUACAUACAUAGAAUUAAUGUGCAAUACCAGUAUAUGUUUUGUUAUUAUUAUUAUUAUUAUUUCUAAUUACUUUAUUCAAUGUAUACAUUAUUAUUAAUAAAUAUUCUAUUUAUUUAUUUUUUAUGCUGAAAGUUAAUAAAAAAUAUGUAUUAUUUAAAUAUAUAAUAUUUAAUAUGAUUAAAGAUGGGUAUGUAUGAGCAAAAAAAUGAGUAUGAUACUUGAGACAAUAAGUCGA